GAUUGAUUGUUAAUCUUUUGCGUCAAAGAACUUUCGCUUGGGUUGGACAUCUUAGUAUAAAUAGGUGUUUUCAAAUUGUCACUUUCAUUUGGAACAAAGUAGAAGCGAAAAGAACAUUAAGGACAUACAAUUUUAGUAACAGGACAACUCUAGUAUAUGGUUUCAGAGGAACAAACUUAACAACUUUAUAUACUUUUUCUAGCAAACAACGGAACUUACCAAGAUUUUUCAAAAAAGACUUAGAAUGAAAUACAGCUUUACAUUAUUAGUAGUUUUGUAUUCUUAUGUAGUUGCAGGUUCUUCAAAAGUAACUGAAUCCAGUCACGACGAUGGUCAACUUAACAGAGUCAGACGAGGUGGGUUAAGUAUGUUACGAUUGGGUAGAGGAUUACAAAUGUUACGAUUAGGAAAACGUGCCAUGCCUAUGCUUCGACUGGGACGUGGUGUAGAAUCAUAUACACCCGAAGAAAUUCGUGUAAUUAUUAACACAUUAAUAGGAGAAGAAAGAGGUGAUAGACAGGUGCCUUUACCUAGAUAUGGUAAAGACGUUGAAGUACAAAUGCUUUUACAGCGACUUUUAGGAGAUCCACAAUUUCAAGAACGCCGAUCAAUGAGUUUAUAUGACGCAGACGAUGAUUCCCCACGUCUGAUUAACCCAGGACCUCGUCCAGGAAAAUACCGAUACCGUCGUUCCUUACCAGAUGUCCCACCUCAAAAUGUUUAUGAUGAAGAGAAAUUUGAAGAUAUCAAAGAAAAAAUUGCCGAUAUAAAGGACGAAGUCAAAGACAGUGAAGAAAGAACAGUUCCACUCCCACGAUUUGGUAGAUACCUCACAGAGGAUGACUAUGUUACUGAUAUUGACGAAGAAAAACGCGCAAUGCCCAUGUUAAGAUUAGGAAGAGCAAUGGCUAUGCUUAGAUUAGGCAAACGAGCAAUGCAUAUGCUUAGAUUAGGCAAACGACCAAUGAACAUGCUUAGAUUAGGCAGAUCUGAUGGAUCAGUUGACGAUGAGGAAGAGAAACGAGCAAUGCCAAUGUUGAGACUAGGAAAACGACCGUUUAAGAUGUUAAGAUUAGGUAAAAGAUAUGACAAUACUGCUGAUGAUGUUGAAAUAAAAAGAAAUUUACGAAUGAUGCGAUUAGGACGAGGAAGUGAUAAACGUGCCAUGCCAAUGCUUCGACUAGGCAGAAGUCAGCAAUAAAUAUCAUUAUUAAAUUUCAUUGGUUCAAAUCGUAUUCAUAACGACUUUAAUGCAAAAUUAUUGAAAUAUUGGUGAUAAAAAGUUAAAGAAGUUCUUCUGGGAGCCGCCAUUCACGGGACAAGUCAACCGCUACGACUAUGUAAAAUAUUUCAAUAAAUGUUCAUCUGAUAACAAAAUUAUAAAUGAAGGAUGUUAUUUUUGUACAAAAUGCUCAUGUGUAUAUGUCAUUUCUGUGAUCUAUUUAAUAAAUCAGAUAGGAGUUUAUAAGAG